UAGCCUCGGUGCUGGUCUCUCACCUGCCAAAGAGUUUCCACAAUGACACCUCAUAAAGUACUGGCUGAAGAAAAACCUCUUUGAUUGUUUGAGCCUCUUGUGUUUUAACUUUGUCAGCCUCCUGCUGGUCUAAUGACCUCAGCAAAUCUUGGCAGAGGCACGAUUUCAGACGAUAAACUGUGUGAGCAGGGGAAGUUUUACUGUGGAGUAAUGAUGGCUUUAGUGUGGAGUGGACAAUGUGUCUUGCUGGAUGCUGUAAUUCAUUCUCAAGGUCCACACCAGUGGCUACUUCUCCCUAGCCCAGACUGGAAGUUGGUCACAGAGUUUUGUUUAUUGCUUAUCUCUUUCUGAAGUGGGAUAUAAUGAACAAAAAGUUGAUUUGAUAGGAACACUCAGUUAAUGAAUGGUGAAACCUGUGGAAACAAAGCAGGAAUGACAUGUUUUUUUUCCCUCUUAAGGAGUGCUUUUAUCAUGUACCAACACAUUGUUUUUAAAUCUUUAUAGAUAAAUGGACUAUAAGAAAAUUGCAGAUGAAGUGUCAGAAAAGAUUUUGUCAUACAGUCAAGAUACGUCAGGAUGGAGGGUGAUAAAAGUUUCAAAAAAUGUUACAGUUUCUUCAAAGCCUUCAAAAGACUACCCAGGAAACCUAUACCGUGGAGAAGGGAUAAUUAAGGAAGUUCCUAGUAAAAUUAUUCCUUUUAUGUAUCUUCCUGAGUACCGAAGCAAGUGGGACAAGGCGUUACAGUCGUACAGGCUGUUAGAAAGGAUCGACCAGGACACUGGUAUAUACCACAGUGUAACACACAGCUAUGGUAUGGGACUGAUCUCAUCGAGAGAUUUUGUUGACCUGCUGCAUGUUAGGCCAUACCCUGGUGAUGUCCUUACCACUAACUCUGUCAGCGUGGACUGCUCCAGCUGCCCUCCGACUCCCUCUUGUGUCCGAGGGUACAACAAUCCCUGCGGAUAUGUGUGUUCACCUUUACCUGAGAAUCCGCAGCAUUCCAAACUAGUUGUGUUUAUUCAGCCAGAACUAGGAGGAAUGCUUCCAGGUUCUGUAGUGGAGACAGCAUUACCUAUGACUCUCAUAAACUUAAUCACUGACACAAGAGCUGGACUUAAAAGGCUUGAAAGACCAUAAUUAAAGGCAAGUGGAAAAUAAUAACCAUUUAAGUCACAUGCACCUUCUACUUACAUCAGUUUUUACAGUAGAUGAUAAAUUUUGAUUGUGGUUUAUGUGGAAAUAUAUAAAGCUUAAGUGUUAAAAUGAUGAAUGCUUGUCUUCUGUGUUCCUGGGACGAUGCAAGAAUGAAUACUGAAGUGCCACCCAAGUACAGGGUGUCAGUUUCCAUGUAACUGGGUCAUGUUUUGUAGUAUUUUUGCACUUUAACUGCAGAGAAUAUAUAUACACACACACACAUAAUAAUCUGGUGAUACAAAUGACAGCAAUGUUAAAAGACAGUGGUGAAAUAUUUUGCUGUAGCUUUACAUUUUGAUACGUUCUUACCUCAAUUGUGUACUCUUGCCAACAAGAGUUACCAGCCAGCAUCACAUGUAAUGGAGACUUUAAACCUGUUGUAUUAAGUCUGCAAGUGUAAUGAGCAACCAUUUCCUUGUUUUGGAAUUAAGCCUUUGAAGAAA